AUGGCGACCGACGACAAGUAUGACCGCCAGCUCCGCCUCUGGGGGGCCCACGGGCAGAAGGCGCUGAUGGAGGCGAAGCUCUGCGUGCUGGGCUCCUCCGCCGUCGCCACGGAGGUCCUGAAGAAUCUGGUGCUUCCUGGCAUCGGCAACUUCACGAUCGUGGACAGCGCCAAGGUCGAGGCAGCCGACCUGGGGCACAGCUUCUUCUUGGAGGAGGGCGACGUCGGGAAGCUCAGGGCCGAGGCCGUCUCCGCCAGCCUGCAGGAGAUGAAUCCCGACGUCCAGGGGAGCCACAUCGGCACAGAUCCUGCGCAGGCGAUUGCACAGGGUGCAGAGUUCUUCAAGCCCUUCACAUUGGUGGUCGCCUGCCAGCUGCCCGAGAGAGCCUGCGUGCAGCUGGGCGCCGUGUGCCGGGAGCUCAAGACCCCGUUGAUGCUCAUCACGUCCCUCGGGUUCGUCGGGAAGAUCCGGCAUGUCGUCGCCGAGCACUGCGUCUGCGAGACCAAGCCG